AUGACCAACACAAAAUACGACACGGUCGAGACAACCAAACAAGACCACCACUCCACCUCCCUCGAAGCCAUCACUCCAAUAACAGACGGCAACCGCGCACGCCAAACCUGCUGGCUCUGCGGCCACGACUACCAGCCCUGGCUGUACCCCAUCCCCGAAGACAGCGCAACGUCUCUCCCGCCGGAUAUAUACACCCUUCCCCUCCCCCACGAAUCCAAUGUUGCCAUAUCCCUGAAAACACAAACCCUGGUAACCCUCUGCAAAAAAUGCGCCACCGAAACCACCAAACCCCACCUCCAACCCCAACUCUUCUACCCGCAAGACCUCGACUUCUUCAUCGCUUUCGAGCUGCGCGAGCGCUCGGCUACCCGCUCCGCCCAGAUCGAUAGCGAGAAGCCCUCGAAGCGGGACUACGAGGUGCAUUUGGUCGAGGAGGGAAGGAUGCCUUUUUGGGUUGUUGGAGCGCUUUACUGCUUUGUUGAAUUGGGGGGACCUGGUUCCGAGGGUGACGAUCAGACCCUGUGGGAGGGGAAAAGCGAGACGAAGGUGCAGUUCUGGGACGGCGAGCCUGUUGCUGCUAUCCUGCGGGCUGUUCGGCUUGUUGAGCUUGGUCUUGGGGGAGCGCGCGUGGACGCUGGUGUCGUGGAGAAGUUGUUGGUUCUUCGGGAUUUGUAUGCUGGGGAGGAGGUGGAGGAUAUACGGCGGAGGUAUGGGGCCAAGGGACAUACAUAG